AUGAGUAAGUCAAUCGUGACUCGCUCAUACAUGUCUGAUCCUGAUGGCCUCCAGCUAGAAUCUCUAGAUUCUAUUCGGGUUAGAUUUGGAUGCCACUUGUUCAUUCCCAAAGGAUUGCCCAACUGCAUAUGUGCUCUCGGUAAAAGCCAUGAUGACGUGAAACAUAUUGCAAAAUGUAUCAGAGUCUUGUGGGCCGGGGAAACAGCCAAAAGCAACAUCAAAGCUAAGAUUUACCUUGCUGAACCUCAGCCAAGAGUCAUGGAGGGAAAUAUCGUGGUCGAGAAGCAGAACCAAUUGCACAACCCCGUGCUUCAGCGUGACCGAGUGCAGAUUUCCGACUCGCAGGGCUUACAAGAACGCAUUUGUUCGGUGCGCUCUAAGAAUAAUGCCCGCAUCUUAACAGCUGUUGAGGAUCGCUUGAAACGUCUUGCUUAUGCACGUGGACACUUGCGGAUGCGUGUUAAUCUUGGGACUUUUGUGCUCGAAAAUUACCAGAAGCCCGAAAACAACAAGUCCUGCCCCGGGGCACGAGAAUACGAAAUCAAGGAACGCCGCUGGCUUAGGCCUCGUACUGAUGGCCGGACUCGUGAGAAGCGGCCUCCUUUACACAUCGCGGUCAUUGACUUUGAACGGUCGGACUGGCAACUAGAAAUAAAGGGGCUUGAAUUUCAUGAAGCCUCAUCAGUCGACAAUGCAUUGAGGUCAUUCUCAAACUCCAUCGUGUUUCAACGCACGAACUAUUUUGGUGAUAUCCGUGCGAGACCGGAAAAGAAAGUCGUGUUUCCUUCAAGCCCUCCAGUAUCCGAAUACGUGGAGAAAUCAGCGAUCCGUUAUCAUAUCAAAGGCACCAAAUACAUCUUCGAAAUUGCAAGGGCAAUCCGCGAAGUACAGCCUGAAUCUAGCCACGUUCUUCCCGUCCAAGGAACCUUUGCUGUCCCUGAAAACCAGAGCAAAGGCUUCUGGGAGUUUAUUGACCUAGUAAGACAAGCAGCGGAACUUCUGGGCCCGACACAGGCCUCCCAGAAGAUGCCAAAAUGA